CCUGGGUAUUUUGGCAGCCUGUGUGACCUGGAUAUUAAUGAGUGUGAAGUUUCACCUUGCCUCCACGAGGCCGUCUGUAUCAACAAACCUGGAGGCUUCAAGUGUGUCUGUCCCCCUGGAUAUGCAGGGACGUGGUGUGAACUGAGCAUUGACGAGUGUGUGUCGAACCCAUGCCAAAACAGCGGGAGGUGCGUGGAUGGUCCCAAUCGAUACCAGUGCUUAUGUGCUACAGGCUUCAUGGGUUUCCACUGCGAGACCAACAUUGAUGAAUGCAUGUCAGGCCCCUGUCUUCACGGGAGGUGCAUUGAUGGAGUGGAUGUGUAUCACUGCCAGUGUGAAUGGGGAUGGACUGGUGCCAGAUGUGAAACUAACACUGAUGAGUGUUCUUCCAGUCCGUGUCUGAAUGGUGGGUCCUGUGUGGACCUGGUUGAUAAAUAUGCAUGUUUCUGUCUGGAUGGAUACAGUGGAAAGAACUGUGACAUUGACAUAGACGUCUGUCUAGAAACCCCCACCAAUGUCUCCCUGUGUUUAAAUGGAGGGACUUGUCUCGAUGGCGAAGGGUCCAAUUUCACCUGCAGGUCAGUGAAUCUAUUCAUCCUGUAG